GGCAAGAAGUGUCAAAUUGGCUCGUUUUGCUUUAAUUCUAAUUCAGGAUAGGAUGGGGUGAAGUCAAUUUGCAGUACUAAACAUGGAAAUACGAACUCAUUCGGUUACGGGUUUUUGUGAUUAACAACAGGGUCUCUUGGAACCAUGUUUCACUAUUACGUUUUUGCAACGAUUCUGUGCUAUUUCCAUACAAAAGUCUCCGGUUAUCAAGUCAAGGAUGCUCCGCUCCUCACCAAGAGACCACCCUGGUUGCGAGUAUGCCGACGAUCGGACCCAGAACUGAACACCUGUCUCAACGACUUAUUUACCGAAAUGUUUCCGCAAUUAGCAAGAGGCAUUCCCGACAUGAACGUGGACCCCUUCGAGCCCUUAUUUCUGGACAAAGUCACCGUAAGUAAGGGCUCGGGCGCUAUCACGCUCACUGGAGGGCUCUACGAUUUGGUCGUGUCUGGCCCUUCGAAUUCCACGCCGACUUACACCGAAUUUGACGAAGCCAAGAAAACGUGGAAUUUCGGCCUAACUUUACCACUACUCUCUAUCAAAUCUCAAUACAACCUCAAGGGAAAAAUCCUGGUUUUGCCCUUAGUGGGACACGGGGCCUGUGACCUGAAAUUGUCAAAUGUGCAAACUAAGGUCACCACCACCGUGGAUUUCCCGCUCCGGGAGGGUCGCGAAGUUGUGAAAAUUGACAAAAUGCAGGUGGACUUUAAAGUUGGAGGGAUGAAAGUGAAACUUUAUAAUCUCUUCAACGGAAAUAAAGUUUUAGGCCAGACUGUUAACCAGUUUAUCAACCAAAAUGCGCUAGAAAUCAUCGGAGAGCUGAAAGAUAGCAUUGGUGAUAGCUUGGCUGGUAUUUUCACCGACAUCAUGAACAACGUUUUUACUAAAAUGCCGACUGAUCUUUGGUUCUUGAGCGAUGAAGAAUACGAAAAAUAUCAGAAAGAAUCAAAUAGCAAGUAGAAUAAUGCGUCUUAAUAGUGAUAUGUUUGGAUGUGACCUAAUGCUAGUGCUAUUCGAGAUCGGCAGUACAAAAUUUAGCUUAAACUUUUAAUUCUCUUUAUGUUAGGUUUUUCUUGAUUAGCAUGCGUAUUAUUUCCAAACAAGCUUUGUUGUUGUAUGUUUUUUAAACAAUAAAAAUUUAGCUGUA